AACGGACGGAGAUGGAUUACGAACUUGCAAGUCCUGGUGUGCUCUGUUCACUUUCAACCGAGGAACUCUUAACAAAAAUACAAGAGUGGGGCUUAGAUGUCACCGAAGCUGAAGCUCAGCGUUUCAGAGACAAUGAGGUUGAUGGUGACACAGUUGACUGCGGUCUUACUGAGACUAUGGUUGCAUACCUUUUCCAAGGAUCCUUCAAAAAGCAGGUUAAAUUCAACCAAUUUGUGUCAAGGAUGAAGGAAUCUUCAGUGACGCUGACUCUACAGACUGUCUCUCCAGAAGACUGGCAACCAUCUACUUCGUCAACUUCAAUAAGGUAUCCCACAAAUUCUGAAUAUGUGCAAGCUGUGAAGACGCUGGUAAUGAAGUAUCCUUUCCUCAAGGAUCGUGAGGGAAAUGGUUAUCACACAUGGCAUAUGUCUUUGAGACGUAAAUUCAAAUCAGAGCGGGCACCACUAGUCGACAGUGAGGCAGUGAGGCGUUGUAAGGAGAAGUUUGGUUCUACGAGGAGAGGGCAGCCUAAUAAAUGUCAACGAACAAGUCAGAGAAAUGUUUGUCAGGGACCAUGCGUCCAAGGAGAGGAUUUAUUAUCCAUAGACGCCCACUUAAAGGUCUUACAGUGCCAAUAUCAGAAGAUGCAACCAGAUACCAUGGUGGUUCAUAACCGUAUGCAGCAAACGUUUGCUUGGUGGAUGUGUUGA